UUUCCUGAAUUAGUUAUGGCUACAGUAGCAGAAGGUUAACGUUUUUAGAAAUAACGUUUUUUGUUUUACAAAUCUCUAGUUUAAAAGUAUAAUUGUAUGUCAAUUCGCAUGAGUCCGCAUCUCGUGUAGAAACUACAGGUUGACUGCUUGAAAAGUUAUACAAGUUAGAACGGUAGCCAGCAAUGAGUUUGAACGAACACUCUUUGCAAGCUCUGUCAUGGAGAAAACUUUACUUGAGUCGAGCAAAGCUAAAGGCUACGAGCAGAACUUCAGCUCUCCUGUCGGGUUUCGCAAUGGUGGCUAUGGUAGAGGUGCAGCUGGAGCCAGAUCAUGUGUAUCCCCCAGGGCUGCUGAUAGCCUUCAGCGCCUGCACCACUGUCCUAGUGGCAGUGCACCUCUUCGCCCUGAUGAUCAGCACCUGCAUCCUGCCAAACCUGGAGGCCGUCAGCAACGUUCACAACUUGAACUCGGUCAACGAGUCACCCCAUGAGCGCAUGCACCACCACAUUGAGCUGGCCUGGGCCUUCUCCACUGUCAUCGGCACCCUGCUCUUCCUGACCGAGGUGGUUCUGCUGUGCUGGGUCAAGUUCCUGCCCCUCAGGCGCCCCACUGAUAAUGGCACCAUCAGUUCUGGUGAGGCGGCAGCCAUUGCCUCCACCUCCAUCAUGGUGCCAUUUGGACUAGUGUUCAUCGUGUUCGCUGUGCACUUCUACCGCUCUCUGGUCAGUCACAAAACUGACCGUCAGUUUCAGGAGCUGGAGGAGCUGUCAAAUAUCACCCGGCUGCAGAACCAGCUGGACCACAGGGCAGAGACGACCAGUCUGCAGCCCUCCUCUGUCCACUUCCCCUAACGGGAACAUACACACGAGUAGGGAGAAUAGAGCAGUAGACAGCUGUAAGAAAUCUAUAAUGAUAUCUAUAUAUUUUUUUGUCUAUUUGCAUGAGCACCCUGAGAAAGGAUACUUUAUAUAGUAAUAUAUCAUUUCUACAGAUGUUUUGUAUUGGGAUUUGGACUCUGCUCUAGGCUUUUUCUAUUUGCUUAAAUGGUUGUUGAGAGGUCAGGAGAAUUUGCUUUGUAUUGCUAAUUCGAUUGGACUCAAGCCACUCUUUUUUUUUUUAUGUGCUGCAUGUCUAUUGUCUUCCUUAUGUCUUCAGAAACAGAUCUGAAUAGCUGAACGUGAGUGAGCACCUGUGUAAAAUCUGUAGUUUAAUAUUUUGGGAUAUCUUCAUUACAUAGAUUAUAUUUGAAUUCAUAUCACAUGCACAUAACUACACUAUGUUUUGUCUAUGGCGGCUGGGGAACACCAAAAGUGUGGGAUGAACAUAAGAUAACAUUUUGUGAAGUAGCUAGAAUUAUUAAUUUACAAACGAUAACCGACCAAUUUCCAUGAAAGUAAAACUCCUCAGGAGAGCGUAACAUGCAUUAACUGCUGUAAUAGUUUUGGUGCAAGGGAAGUGCAGAAUUCAGAUAUUUUUUGUCAGGUGACCUUAAUCUGUCCAUCAGGGUUGGAAUAUUUAUAUUUAAACUUUUUAAACUCCACAUAAUUGAUAAUUAAAGAUAUGCUCUGAUGGUU